UUUCCAAAACGGCAGUUGCUCCCUGAUCGCUUGGCCCUGCUGGCAUAGGUGUCCUGUUGCUUUUAUAAGAAACAGUCACACUAUCAUCUUCGCUACUGUCGUCAUUGACAGAUUUGUGAUGAUAUCGCUUUGUGUUUGUCUGUAAAUCACUAUGAUUAUACAAUUUCCUACUUCUUAUUAGAACAAGAGCUUAAUAGAAGAAUUAUUUUUUAAAAAUUUUACUGGUGUAAUGUUAGUACGUCGUUACAUCGGAUAGAGAUUAACUAUAGAGAUUUAUCUUUUUGGUGUUUACUUACACUUUGUCUCAUAGGAUUACGGUCAUCGUACUUUUUUUCUUUUUUAACAACCGUAGUUUCAUCUUCGCUACUUUCUAUAAGAUAAAAAUUUGAAAUUAGAACGAUAGAACGCACAUAACCUAUAAAGCAGUUAAUUGAAUUUACGUAAUAAAAUUAAAAAAUUCUUAAAGCGAUCUGAAACUAAUGUUUAGUCUUUUAUAUACACUUACCAUUGUCGUCAAGUCCUUUACGCUUUCUUGAUACUUUACUUCGUAUUUUCCUUUUUUUAAAUAAAAAAGUACAAUUCUUUUUGUCUGCCUCUUGCUGCACGUCUUCCAUAUUUGUUUUGUAAACAACUUUGGUCAUACGUCUUUCUAACCCGGACGCCACUUAUUUUAUUUAGUUAAUAUUUUCAAAAGAACUUAGGAUUCUUUAAAGUCAUGAGUAAGAAGAAAAGUAUGGCAAUUGAUUUCCAAGAUAACAUGAUAUUAUUAACAAGAAAAUAUUUAAAACGCAAAAUAAUGUGCCCUGAAACAAAAUUUAGACAUCACAUUAAAGAACGUUUACACGUGUUGGAUUUAUUGAAAAGAACAGUUGAAAUGGGUGAAAGUAAUUCUGCAUUACUAAUCGGUCCGAGAGGCAGUGGAAAAACUACACUCAUCAACAGUGUCUUAGUAGAAUUGUCCACUUUGAAGUUUUUUAAAGACAAUGCACUAAUAGUAAAUCUGCAUGGUUUAGUACAUACCGAUGAUCGUAUAGCAUUAAAAGAUGCUACGCGUCAAAUGCAAUUAGAAAAUGUAGUAAGUGAUAAAGUCUUUGGCACAUUUGCAGAAAAUUUAAGUUUCCUAUUAGAAUGCUUAAAGUCUGGAGACAAAAAACACACUAAGCCAGUCAUUUUCAUACUAGACGAGUUUGACUUAUUCUGUGCGCAUCAUAAUCAGACUUUAUUAUAUAAUCUUUUUGAUGUUGCUCAGUCUGCACAAGCUCCUAUCUGUGUAUUGGGUAUAACAUGUAGAUUGGAUGUUAUAGAACUUCUAGAAAAAAGAGUUAAAUCAAGAUUUUCACAUAGGCAAAUAUUUCUUUUUUCUGGUGACACGUCAUCCCCUGAACAACCAGCAUCUGCUUUUGAUGAUCGUUUAGAACUUUUUCAACAUCUUCUUAGUUUACCGGAUGAUGAAAACGUAAAUAGAAUAGAGCAACAAUAUGAUGACUGUACAAUAGAUCCACAUUUUGGUUCAAUGUGGAAUGAAUAUAUUAAAAGUUUAACUAGUAAUGUUACAAUGAUAAACUUGUUAAAAAGAAUGUAUCAGAUUGAUAUUAGUGAGAGAAGUUUCAGAAAUUUUUUAGCAAUUGCUGUUUCAACAUUAUCCGAGAAACAUCAAAAAUUAGAAGUAAAUGAUUUUGUAGAAGCAAGUAAAAUAUUUUCUCAGGAUGAUAAAAUAUUAAUGCUUGAAGGUUUAUCCGUACUAGAAAUGUGUUUAAUCAUAGCAAUGAAACAUGAAACAGAAAUAUAUGAUGGUGAACCAUUAACUUUUGAAAGUAUCUACAAUCGAUAUGUUAAAUUUACAAAUCAAAAUUCUUUUAUUCACUCUGUUCAAAGACCAGUUAUUAUGAAAGCAUUUGAACAUAUUAAGAAUUUAGAGUUUAUAGUACCUGUAAGUAAUACAAAUACAAGAAUCGAAAAAGAAUAUCAAAGGUAUAAAUUUUCUUUGACAUCUCAACAAGUAAUGGAUGCUGUCAAAAAUUAUCCGGGACUUCCUACAGAAGUCUCCCAAUGGGCAUUAAGCAGUCUAUAAUGAAAAUGUGAUAUUCUAAACAAUUUCACAUAUGCUAAGACUUUUCAAUCUGUAAUUCCAUUGUAUUUUUAUGUACCGUACAUGUUGUUUCCUUUAGUAAACUUGUAUCAUGUAAAAAUCAUUUCUUUACAAAGAAAAUUAAGACGGUAUGUGUGAUAUGUUAAUGUAUUAUUCGUAUUAACAUAUUUUAUCAAUGUACAUUCUUGUUUUAUAUUUCAGAAUGACUUUAAAUAACUAAUACGAUAUUUCAACUUGUUUGUUUCUUAGAGAUCAAUUUUUUCUCAUAAUACAUAUCAAAUAUUAUCAUAUCUAAAAAUUGUAAAUAUAUUUUAUGUUUAUCUCUUUGUCUAACAAUAAGAGUUCUAUCAAAGUCUUAUGAAAUAUAUAAUUGUUGUAAUUUACCAGUCAAUUCCUGCCACAAAAUUCAACAUAAAACGUCCAUUAUAAUCGAACGUGAUAGUUAAAUUAUAUGUAAAUCAACAAAUUUUGAAACAGGAAAAAAAUAUUUUAAUUUGAAGUAUAAAUAAUUGUUAUAAUUAUAUUAUUUUUACAAAUUUCACAAAAAUAAUUAUGCAAAAUCGUAUAGAGUAAGUACUACGCGAACUUUGUUCUUCCCAUUUAUUAAUAUGUGUAAUUGAUAAUUAUAUUGUAGUUAAGAAUGUGAAAAAAAAUUUGAAUAUUUAUUACAGAAUGUGUACUGGUUGUGUAUGUUGCCUUGAAGCAUAUAUGAGAUACACAUCAAAAAUGUUCAUACAUUUUUAAUAAAUUUAUAUUCACACGAGAAAGAUUUAUUUUAACUAUUUUUUAAUCAAUCCAUGCUAAUUGUGGUAUAUUUUUUAUAGAUGUUGCAGAAUUUGUUACUGCAUGUAUCGGUGAAUUCAAAGAUUUUUUUUUAGUACGUAAAUUAUUAAUAUUUAUCAAAUUUCUAUACCUUUUACGUUUGUUUUUUGAAAUGUAUAAAUUAUGACCUAUUGUAAAUAAUAAUAUAUAUAAGAGAAAUAAAUAUGAAAUAUAUAUAUGAUCAAUUA